UUUAAAACUGAGGCAGAAAGCUGUAGUUGUUUGGCAUCUCUUUUGAGUCUGCAAAGUGCGGAGUCUGUUUCCUUUCUCCUCGAGUGUUGGCAGCUGGAAACGAAAGGUGGCUGAGUCACCCUUCACGACCUCCACAGCCGGCCUUGAGGGGAAGCGGCCAGCAGCCUCGGGGGCGGUCCGGGGGGGACCUCCGGGCGGUUAUGGCGGACCGGCUUGUGGGGCCAAGCUACUGGAAGCUGAGUCCGACUAAGCGGAGGACGCCGGCAGUGCUUCUGCGCGCCGGGGGCGAAGAGGAGGCGGCUUCCCCCUCGGUCCUGUCUCUCAGCCACUUCUGCAAGCCGCCUUUCCUCAGCUUCGGAGAGGUUCGCCUGGGAGCCUCUCGGACCCUGUCUCUGGCCCUAGACAAUCCCAACCAGGAGGUGGCUGAAGUGAAGAUCAGCCGCUUCCCUGCAGCGGACCAGGGCUUUAGCAUCGCUCAGCGUUCUUUUGUGUUGCAGCCUAAAGAAAAAACUGUAAUUUCUGUUAACUGGACACCAUUGAAAGAAGGCCGAGUAAGAGAGAUUGUGACAUUUGUCGUAAAUAAUACUCUGAAACACCAAGCCAUAUUGCUAGGAAAUGCAGAAAAGUGGAAAAAGAAAAAGAGAAGUCUGUGGGAUACCAUUAAUAAGACUGUUUCAAACUCUUCUAGUCAUAAAAAAAGGAUUUCAAAUAGUCAAGAUGUUGAUAAAGCAUUUGAUGUUUCCCAAAGAGUUGACACUGUUAAGAGCCCACUACAAGCCUGUGAAAAUCUGACUGUGACUGAAGUCUGUUCCCCAACAGAAAAAAAUUCUUUAACCCUUGAAGAAAACAGAAUACCUAUAUCACCUAUUAGCCCCUGUUUCAGAGAGUGCUGUGGUGAGACUUGCUUGUCAACUUCUGUACGUAGAUCUACUACCUACUCAUCUCUUCUUGCUUCUGAAAAUUUGCAAUUGUUGAGAGUAGAAGGUUCCACCAUUUUGAAAGAUUUUGAUGAGCAAGUCUUAACAGAAACAUCCUUUCACUGCAUGAAUAAUAUCGAUGACCAAACUAAAGAGAAUAACAGAUGUAUUCUUACCCCAAGCUGUUCUUCAGCUUUGAAUAUUACACAAAGUAAAGGGAAUUUUCUAAGUACAGACUCCUUUGUACAUAAUAGCCAUGUAGCUAACAAUGAAGUAGAAUUAGUCACAGGUCUUUCAUCAGGUAAAUUUAUGAAAGAUAAUUCAAAGCCUACGCAUUUGGAAUCCAAAAUUGUACAUGAAAUUUAUCAAACUAUUUUAAGUCCAGAUUCCUUUGUAAAUGAUAAUUAUGGACUAAAUCAGGAUCUAGAAUCAGAGACAAUUAAACCUAUUCUAUCACCAAACCAGUUUGUAAAAGACAACAUGGCGUUUAUGUGUACAUCUCAGCAAACAUAUAAUUUAUCACCAUCAUCAAAUGAAAAUUCUCAAGGCCCACAGCCUCCUCAAGACUGGAGAAAAAAUAAAGCUUUACCACGUACCCAUGGAUGUCAGGAUUCAAAAUCUCCCAAGGCUAUUUUUGAACAACCCAAAACUAUAGAAAUGAAGCCAAAUGACUACAGUUUUACAAAACAAAAUCAUCCUAAAUUUUCUGCAUUUCAGGAUAUUUCUAGUUACAGCCAGAAUAAACAAUCUAAGAGACGCCCAAUACUUUCCACCACUGUUACUAAAAGGAAGUCCAGCUGUGCCAGAGUAAAACAAACCGAAACUAAUAAAUCAAUGGCAAAAAGAUGUCUCAACACUGCAGUAGGUGAACUUGGAAAAGUACUAGUAGAUAACCAAAAAGAGAAAAAAUCUUUUCAUUCGUACCUUCCAAUUAUAGAUCCAAUUGUAAGUAAAUUUAACAGUCAUAAAAAUGAAAUAACUCCAUGUUCCUCCAAGACAGCUUUAGCUGCUCAUAAAAGAAAGAGUGCUGGAAACAUGGAAAAUGCAAAUGUGAGGGGUAGAGUUGUGGAAGCUACAGAGGUACAAGAAAUCAAAAGAAUCCAUUAUUCUCCUGUGGAAUCUAAAUCAUCAGCUGUUAAAAAAAAAAAGAAGUUCACCGCACCCAUCUCAAAACAUACAAGUAACAGAGAGAAAUUAAAUCUGAAGAAAGCAGAGUCAUUAGUACACAGAACUUCUAGUUCCAGAACAAGCAAGAGGACUAAAUCUGUUGUUCCUGUGGCACAGUCCAGUUUGACCUUCAUAAAACCAUUAAAAACAGGCAAGUGUGUGUUUAUUUAA